CAUUCACUACGAUGAUCGCUUAGUGGGAAGGUGGUCCUCUCUGUACCCGGUGCCUGUUGUAUGGGUAAAACUGAUUAAAUCAAAGAUUCUCGUCUGACCAAAGCAUAACUCGUAUCAGGGUCAAGUGUGCUUGAAGAUAUCAUCUGCAUUUAUCGUCCACGAAAUAUAAAUUCCGAAUCAUGGAGCCCAAUUCAACCACGGGCGGGGCUGAGGAAGAGCUCCUUGAAAACUUAGUGCCAAAAGUGCCUGCCGAGGGGCACAGGAUUGGCCACAGACUGGCAGAGGCCAUGGAGGUGGAGCAGGAGGGACUGGUGGAGCAUCAGCCACUGGCGCAGGAGGACCUGAACUUCGAACGCUGGAAGCCCAAGCCAAGGCCCGAGAGGUCGCUGCACGAGCAGUUCUCUGCCGUGAAACAAUACUUGUGGAAUCCCGACACCAGGGAGUUCAUGGGCCGCACAGGAAAGAGCUGGAGCCUCAUCGUCUUUUUCUAUUCGGCAUUGUAUACUUUCUUGGCUGCCAUGUUUGCUGCUUGUAUGUGCUGCCUGAUGUGGUCCAUCAGCCCUUACAAACCAACGUACAAUGACAGGGUGAUGCCACCAGGCAUGAUGAUGUUCCCACAUGUAGAGGGAUUUGACAUUGCCUUUAAUGCAUCUGACCGCCCCUCCUGGAAUAAGUAUGUGAAGAUGAUGGAGUCCCACCUAAAACCAUACGAUGACUCUGUUCAGGAGGAAAAGAAUAUCCCAUGUCAGCAGGACAAAUAUUUUAUGCAAGAUGACAAAGAGGAGAGUGCUGAGCGGAAAGCAUGCCAGUUCAAGAGGUCAUGGCUUGGGGAGUGCUCAGGGAUCUCAGAUCGUCAUUUUGGCUACUCUCAGGGAAAGCCCUGCAUCUUUCUCAAGAUGAACCGGAUUCUUGGGUACUUGCCUGGUAAGGGAACCCCAGUAAACGUGACUUGUGCUCUAAGGAAAGGGGAUACAGGAAACCUUGGGGACCUUGAGUUCUUUCCAAAGAACAUUUUCAAUCUGAUGUAUUACCCCUACUAUGGGAAGCAAAGACACGUGAACUACACGUCGCCAAUAGUUGCAGUACGUUUCCCUUCACCUCAGCCUGACACCCAUCUUCAUGUGCAAUGUAAGCUCCAUGGCAAGGACAUCAUCAAUGAUUCACCAACUGAUCGCUUUCUGGGAAGUGUGUCUUUCACUCUUGAAGUGGGUGCGUAGCUUCCCACAAUUGCUGCCUUCGCCCACCUUUUGAGUUGUACACAUUUGCAAAUGGAACAUCUUAGUACUAGAGUUGGAGAAUUUCCCUUGUAUGACAUAAAAUGUUUUUUAAUCUUUCAAAAUUCUUAUAACUCCCUGCAGAAAUAGGAAUAAUUUUAAUAAGCACUCAAAUGGACGCGCUCCUCACAAAAAAACAAUACAAUGACAGAGACAGUGCUUGGAGAGAAAAUGAGAAGGACAUACUGUACUUUCCAUAAUGUAAUACUUAGUUUCACUAGUCAUAGGAAAAAGUGUUUUUAUCUAAGGCUUAUAAAGCACUGCCGAAGUCAUUUCUGUGCAAGACUUGACUUAGCCUACUUCACUUAACCAGAGGGCCUGAUGUUCCAAAAAGGGAAAUUGACUAUCAUUUGUAGUUACACAUUAACUUUAGAGCAACACGUUAUUGGGCAUCAUGAGUUUUAUGAAAUUCCAGAGUGUUCCAGAGUGGCAGUAGUUUUUGUAUAAUAGUUUGGUUUGAAUAUUUUGUAACACUCUUCUGAUUCAUCAACAUUUCUUUUGUAUAAAGGUUACAACCUCUGUAAUACAAAACGAAUAUAUUUGUCUUAUCACUGAGCUCAAUUUCAGAUAAUCCAGAGACUAUUUACCACCGAGAUAAAUAGUCUUUUACGAAGAUUCCAGAGCAUUACACACUCUUAAUUAUUUGGUCUUGUAUUACAAUAUCAGAGGUUGCUUGUUCCUUUUAAUAAGAUAAUAGGCUGCUAUUCUUUAGAAUUAAUAAUUUCUGUCUAUGAUGCAGUUAACAGUUUUGUUUACUUUUAAUCUAAUAAGUAAUUCUGUAAAUUACUGCCCAAAAAAUGCAGUUUCAUUCCAUGCUAGUUUGUAAAUUAAAAAAAGGAUAUGUGAAUCCUCUCUCCGCAGAUGGAUAUUAAGUAUGUUAGACACGCACAAACAAGAUAGAACAAUAUGGACCAAUUCUUAAUGUUAUGAAAUAUCUGGUGAGACUCAGCAGUAUUAUUUAUUAAUGUAUUUGAUAAUGUUGACAUGGAACAAUCAAAUGUUGACGGUGAAGGAUAGGCUUACUUUGGAAACUGCGUAAUCUCUUGGCAGUUCAGAGAUUAUAUAUUUCAUUGGCAGACAAUAACGUGUGCCAGAAUACAUUUUACACGAAAGCACUCAAUGUUAUAGAAAUGUAAACAAUAAACAUGGAACUGAAUUAACUAAUUUAAA